UUUUGGAAAAAGGGGAAGUCCUCUAUUUUAAAAGGAGCACAGAACGACGAGACACAGGUGAAAAAAUAAAAAUAAAUACAUCGCCUAAUCAUCUUUAAAAAACGACAGUGUAACGGAGUCUCUUCUCACGAACUGUUGUUAGUUACACUUCCUGUGCGCUCGAGCUCCGAACACAAACAGUGGACAGGACAACGACUUUUACGUCCUUUUGGUUAUUGUAAUGAGGAAGGUGGCAGCCCUGAAGGAUGGCAGAGGAAGGCCGUACAGUGUGCGUUCACGGUUUGCCAACAGACGUGGAUCACGAACGGCUCCGGGACAAACUUCUGAUUCACUUCUUACGCCCGAGGAACGGAGGAGGAGAGGUCACGUCCGUCACCAUCAUCGCGCGGACACCUCCGCGUGCCCUCGUCACGUUUGAGGAGAGCACAGUGGGCCAGAGUGUACUUCGUCAUCAUCCUCACAUUUUACUGCUAGAUGGUAUGAAAUAUGAACUCUCCCUGAGUCUACCAAGACAAGACUCCCAGAGUCUAAAUAAGGUGAUCCUCGAUAUCACUGUGACUAUAGAUUGCAGUCAGCUUCCUCGCGGUGCAGAGACUCUGCAUGUACUGCGCAGUGAGUUUCCUGGUCUACGUAUGCAGCGUGGCUUAUUGCAAGACACGUGCACCUUGCAAGGCAACUACUCUGAUUUUCAAGGCGCCUUUCCUUAUAUGCAGACGUUAUUUAAUAAUAACCUUUCAAAGGGCAAAUAUCCUGAUUUUAGUGGAGACAGAGGUCAAAGUCUUGAGAAGAGGGAAGACCUUGCGAGUGUAAAGAAAUGGGUCAGCUUUGCAUCCCGGUCUUCAGGAGAUGUCAGCUCUAUAUCCAUGGGAGGUUUAGGACAUGUGCACUAUGACCGGCAAGACAGCAAUGAAGCCCUCACUGAACGCAUUACUCGGACUAAGAAAAGCAAAAUGGAGGAGGGGGCAGAGUGCAGGAUAGAUGAAGCUAAUUUGGAGGAUCUUUCGAUCAUCAUGGAAGCUGAUGUGUUUGCGUAUCUGCAAAGCAUUAAGGAGUACAAACAAAUUCUGCAAAUUCAUGGAGUACAAGUGGUUCCCCUUACAUCAGAGGGGGUCACCACCGUGUACCUACAGUCAGAUGUCCCAAGUGGGUCAGGGGUUAAACAGAACAUGUGUCAAGCCCAUACUGAGCUCAGGCAGCUUUAUCAACAGCUAGAGGGUUGUCUGAGAAAAGACCAGAUUAAAAAGGAUGCUCUUUACAUGCCAGACGGACUGAAUUCUGCAUUAAAAAAGGUGCAGUUAGUACUGCCUAAUGUUCUGCUUAGUUAUGACCAGGACAGCAUUUAUAUAGUUGGAGAAAAAAGUGAGGUGUCUCAGGCCAAACAAAUGCUACUGCUUGCAGGGGAGGAAAAUGUGAUGCGGAACUUGACAGAAAUGCCAGCAUCCUCUUCCAGUUCUCCAUCAGCAUCCCUUGAAUCCUUAGGGAGAGAGCAACAGGUUAAGAGAAAAAGUGAAGUACACACUCCAGUGCCCCCUAAACUGAUCGGCUCCAGCACUGAACGAAAAGGGGACGUUGGGAAUACAAAAGAAUACAAACUAGCGGCUCGGUUUAAAAGCUCUGGGCUAGGAGAGAUGGGUGGCGACAUAAAGAGUCUCACAACUAAAAUGGACAUGCUAAUGUUAGACCCAGCAACACCACCCAUAAGAUCUUCGCUUGGCACUGCAGGCAUACUCAGUAAUGAACUGACCAGGGAAAGAACUGAAACAUUCAGGGUGACAAGUCCAAGCUGUACAGGAGAGGAUGUCCUGUUUACAAAACAAGACCCGCUAUCUGGGAAUACAUUUGGUGGAACCACCUUCAACACAUCCAAGGCCAAACCAGCCACUGCCGCUGGACUCACUUCAACAUUGACCACAGGAGUCAAAGUUUCAGUGAACACAAGUGUGAAUGCCCUAUCAGCCAGUAAUACUGACGUGAAGACAACUUCUCCCACCUCAACAACGCUGUCCACUUCCAAUUCCCCCUUAAGGAGAGCCAAUAGUUUCUCAGGACGGCCACACCUAAAAGAUCAGGUGAAAAAUAACCAGAUUACAGCUAAGCCAAUGAUUAGCACACAUGUUUAUCAAAGAGCAAGAUCCAAUAGCCUCAGUGGUGGAAAACCCAAUGAAGAUUCUCCGAUUCCUACAGUAGAAGCAGAACUUACUGUGUCUUACCCGAUGUGGAUGUACAUGAAGGAGGUCUACUGCAAGCAACUGGAAGCCAUGAAAUCUGGCUUAGAAAUGACUGAGAAACAAGCAGGCAAAAGUGAUACGAGCGUGACACUGAAGGGCACAGAUUCAUCAAAGGUUGGAGAAAGUCAUCGGCAGCUUCAGAAACUAGUGGCUAUGAUAGCUAGCGACUUUUGUACUCAGGAGUUGAGUUUGACAGAGCUUGGCGUGGUUGAAAAAGAUAAACUGUUUGAAACCUGCUGCUUGAAUGUGCGGUCACGUUUUCGCAAGGUCUUCUUGCAUACCACGAGGAACAGCAUUUACUUGCUUGGCCCAAAAUUGCUCUGUUCUCAAGCCAGUGAUGUAUUUAAGGAAAUAUAUCCGGGGCAGAAGUCUCCUUCCUUACCACAGAUAAAGACCUUGCAGGAAAGUGUAGAUCAAGGAGCAGCCAUGUCUUUUUUGAGCAUACGGUCAUCAAAAGCUGAUCACUCCAAAUCUGAUCACAGUCUGAAGGAGUUUUCUUUCCAGGAUUCAACUCAAGUGGCUCAGUCUAACAGCAGUCACAAGAGUGAAGGACUAUCAACCAAACCAAAAUCAUCUACAUUGGAAAGGUUGGAAAACACUAGAUCUACUAAGGAUGAAUUAAGCAAGACAAACUCACAAAGCCAAUUUAAUUAUGCCAGAGAAGACGCAACAAGACAAAACAAUGAUCGACCAACUUCUUUACCACUUGAAGCAUACAAAAAACAAGAUACCUCAAUGACUUUGAAACAGACCAACCUGCUGUCACAUAUUGUUUCAGAAGAAUGCGUGUGUGGAGCAAAUAAUGCAAAUGUGAAACGGACCACCUGUGGUGUCAUCCGUUGCUCUGACUGCCUACAACUGCAUAAAUACUGCCGAGUGUGUGGGAAAGGGGAGUUAAACUCUGAACCGGAUCCCCUAGAACCUUCUUCUCAAAGUUGUAGCUCAAAAGAUACACAACAGGAACAUCUGACUCAAGAGCAGCAUUCACGACAAGAGGACAGCACAGAACAUAAGGGCAUCCAAGGCACUAUGACAUGUGUGGAGAUGACUUUGAGUCUUCCAGGUUAUAACAAAUACACAACGGCCAAGAUCACAUACUGCAUUCCUGAUGGGAUACAAGGGGAUAAGGAUCCCUGUCCUGGGUCACCAUUCGAGGGUGGUCAAUUUGUGGCUUAUCUGCCACUCAACCCAAAGGGGCGGAGUUUAUUGCCUUGCCUUGAAAAGGCAUUUAAUCAAGGCCUAACAUUUACUGUUAGCUCAAGCAAGAAGGCUGGUGGUGAUGCAAAAGUAACCUGGGGCAGGAUCCCCCACAAGACCAGGGUGGAUGGAGGGAAGAGUGGUGGAUAUCCAGACUCGACAUACCUAACUCAGUUGUGUGAGGCACUGAUGGCUCAUGGGAUUGAAGGAGUACCAGCAAUUAGUCAAGAUCAAGCCAAAUCCUGA